GCCCGUUGGUGCAUUUGAAUGUGUUGAUCGUAAAACGCCGCCCACCUGGUAGAUAACGAGAAAUAAAUGGAGUGUCUCGCCGUCGGUCCAGGCGGGUGUAUUUGCUGCGUGUUGUAUUUGCUGCGUGUUGUAUUUACAGUCCAUGCUUGUGAAUUGUGACUGUCUUUGUUGUUCUUUAUGAAAAUAUAAGUUUUGAAUUCGCCUCAAGGUUCUGUGAGGACAGUGCUCGUUCAUUUCUGGAAUAGACGAAUUGCCCGAUGGCUUUAGUUGAAUCACAAAAGGAGGGACACAGUUUUUAUCGCAAGUCAAUUUGAUGCCCAGAAGCUGCAGAUAUGAAGAUCACAGACAGUGCGCUGCGGAGCUUCAGGGUCGCCAGGACUUACAGAGAGAACUCCCAGAAGGUCAACUGUGUGGACUACAGCCCGAACGGGGAAAAUGCGAUAUCAAGCAGCGACGACGACUGCAUUGUGUUGUACGACAUACACGAGGGAAGACCUCAACGCACUCUGUUCAGCAAGAAGUAUGGAGUAGACCUGAUCCGCUACACACACGGAGAUGCAGAGACGGUGGUUUACAGCUCCAACAAACUGGAUGAUACCAUACGAUACCUGUCUCUGAGUGACAACAAGUACAUCCGGUAUUUCCCUGGCCACACUGCUAGGGUUAUUGCUCUCUCUAUGUCACCAGUGGACGAUACGUUUAUCUCAGGCUCGUGGGAUGAGACGAUACGAAUCUGGGACCUGCGCUCUCCAAACUGUCAAGGUUUGACUCAUCCACUGGGGAAACCCUUCUGUUCCUUUGACCCUGAUGGGCUGAUAUUUGCUGCUGGGGUAGAAUCACAGGCCAUUAAAUUGUACGACCUUCGUGCUUUUGACAAGGGUCCAUUUGCCACCUUUGAGAUGAGGUUGAAUCGUGUCUGUGACUGGACUGGACUCAAAUUCAGUAGUGAUGGGAAACAGAUCCUGAUCUCUACUAAUGGAGGGAUGAUUCUUGUCCUUAAUGCUUUCAGUGGAUCUGUGCUGCACACUUUUUCCGGCUACAACAACAGUAGAGGCAUCUCCCUGGAGGCGUGCUUCACUCCAGACUCACAGUUUGUCAUGAUCGGUUCCGAGGACGGGAGAGUCCACGUUUGGAGCACUGAGAGCGGGAUGAAGGUGGCCGUGCUGGAUGGGAAACAUCCGGGACCCAUCAACACUCUGCAGUUUAAUCCCAGAUUCAUGACGUUUGCCAGUGCCUGCACUAACAUGGCGUUGGUGCUAGAGUCAUUCAGAGAGCCUGCACACAGCUGGGACAAAGACUACGACCAGUGCCUGCUUCCUCUGCUCACGCCUCAGGACCCUUCCUACAUCCUCUAUCGUCUGGACUCCCAGAACGUCCAGGGAUACGAGUGGAUCUUCAUCGCAUGGUCACCUGACCAAUCACCAGUGAGGCAAAAGAUGAUGUAUGCAGCAACCCGUGCCACACUGAAGAAGGAGUUUGGAGGAGGUCAUAUCAAAGAUGAAAUGUUUGGCACAGUUGAGGAGGACGUGUGCUUCCAGGGAUACCUCCGACACAUGUCGUCCUGCUCCUCUCCAGCUCCUCUCACCGUAGCCGAGCAGGAACUGCAUCAAAUUAAAGUCACAGAGGAUAAAGUUGUAUGGGAUGAACGUAGACGAACUGGGACACCAACAGCACGAGCAAAGGUUACAAUGGAGUUCGGCUUAGACAAGAGGGCGCAGGCUCUUCAGGGCCUUGCGUUCCCGUUACAAGAAGAGGCCAAACGAGCUCUGCAGCAACUCAAACAGAAACGCAUCAACUACAUACAGCUGAGGCUGGACGUAGAGCAAGAGACCAUCGGACUGGUUCACACCAAACCUACGGAGACCCACGAGCUUCCCUACAGGAUUCCCACAGAUUCCCCCAGAUACCACUUCUUCAUCUUCAAACAUUCCCACCAGGGCCAGCUGCAGGAGGCGUUGGUGUUCAUAUAUUCGAUGCCUGGAUAUACCUGCAGUAUCAAAGAGCGGAUGUUGUACUCCAGCUGUAAGAACAGGCUACUGGAUGAGGUGGAGAGAGACUACCAGCUGGAGGUCACUAAAAAGAUGGAGAUAGACUGUGGCGAUGGCCUGACAGAGGACUUCCUGUACGAGGAGGUCCAUCCGAUGGAGCACACCCUAAAGCAGGCCUUUGCCAAGCCACGAGGACCAGGAGGCAAGAGAGGCAACAAGCGCCUCAUCAAGGGUGCAGGGGAGAACGGGGAAGACAGUUAGAUACUACACACACACAUGUACAAGUACACAUGAAAACCUACCUGAUAUCUAUGAAUUGACUUUGAUAUUUGACUGUUUAGCUUCUAGCCAUUCCUUCUUUAUUCUUACUCAAGGACAUGCAUUUCACACAUCCACCAUGAAGCAGAAUCCAUUCAAAUGGUGAAAUAGAGUCUCAAAAUGUGAAUAUAUUUUUGUGGUAGCCAACAUGCUAAAUUCUCAUCAUCAAAACAUAGUUCAGGAGCUGCUUUGUCAACACGGAGAAGAAUAUAACACUGAGGCUGAUUAAUUUAAAUAUUUAGGUUUAAAUACCAUGUGAAGUCAUGAUGAGGUUCCAAUACUUUGAGGAAGGCGCAGCAGCAAAAUCUACAAAUCCUCAUCUUCUUAAAGCCCAAUCAUCCACCAGUGUAACAGUCAAUUCAAAGUCCUGCUGUGCAGCCAAACGUCCUUCAAAUCCACGGAACUUUAUUUCAAAUUCUGGUUGUAUGGGGCUUAGAGUAGAAUUUUAAUUCAUCUACUUAAAUUUAACUUUAAAGUAUAAUUUGAACAAGCUGAUGCACUUAACAGUAUAUUAUGAUAAUGCAUAACUUCUCUGUAAAGAAGUGUCAGAAGAAAACAGGAUGUUAAAGGAUCAAAAUGCUUAUAUUUUGAUGAAUUUGCCAAUUUCACUCAAAGUUGACAACAACACUUCCCAUCUGACUUGCCUCUUCCGUCCCUGCUCUCCACUUUGGGAAUUACCUGCCUCCAUUUAAAAAAACAAAAGUAACUCCAAUAAUGAUACAGAUUUCGAGACCAUUAUGAAUGGCUCUGACAUUUCUGUUUUAGGGUAGAUUAUCCUUCAUAUUGCAUCAGUACAGGUCCAUGGUUCACUCCUCACACCAUGAAAAUUUAUCCGCACGACUUUUACAGUUGCCUGCUUCAGUCACACAGUAAGGUUUAACUACAUUCAGAUGAAGGCUGUUGUUUUACAUGGACCCACAAUCCACAAUAAAAUAUUUUCUUUA